CAAAAAAGACUACAAGGUCCAUACAAAUAUGAUUAUUCGCGAUAACAUGCCGCAAGACGACGGGUUUCAGGAGAAAUGAGAAAAUAAUCAAGGUUAUGCAAGGUAACGGUACAGUUUUUCUUCAAGAUUUCGCCGCUUCUCAACAAUCGCACAUGCCACCGCAUCGACAUCGCAACAGGCAUAUUUCGAGACGAUUGCCCCCCUAGAUCCUUCGAUAUAUUUCUGUUCACCUCAACCGGCUGAACUUUAAAUGCAACUUAUGCCAUUGACAAUAUUACUAGGUAGUCACAGCACACACACACUAUCUUGGAAUCGACAAUAAGCAACAUCUAUGGUGGUAUGUGAUUUUGUAUACCGCGGCAUCCAGUAUCUAUCAUCUACCUACAUGCCCCUGCGUAUGCCGAUACUUCUUUCAAAAUUGCGACGAUAGUUUUCUAUGCGAUGGCUUCAGUUAUUGUUCGUGCGAUUAGCUUGGAAGGCUGAAGGUUGCUUUCACCCCUCACUAAUAGUUGAACCUGCGGAUUGAUGGAAGUGGCUGAUAUUUAUCGGCAUGGGCAGACCACAGGAUUAUUUGUGAAUAUGCCAUACCUAAUGAGUCCUUGAUAUACUUGAACGAAUUCUCUACACGCAGAUCCCGAUACCAGCACUAUUGACAUCUGCAAGAUGUCAAAUAGUGGUUGUUAUUUUAACAAGGCUGAAGUUGGCACAUGUCGUACGUUAAAUGCCUCCCUGGCUUAUGAUUAGGUCUUCUUAUGGUCCUAUGCCGGUUGGAUCUUUUGAUUCAAAACAAGAACUGGUCUACACAUAUUGGAUAUUUGACAUGGCGGUUGUUCUGGAUGAAUUGAAGCACUCGUUAUUCUUGCCCAAAAACUGAGUCUUCUCACAAAGCUCUAACCUUUGACUGCUGCCCCAACAGCGACCUCAAUCCAUGAUUCUAUGAAGAUGCUUGGGGUCCCAGUCACUUCUGAUAGAUGUUAUCAUCAUUCACAAUCAAUACUAGAACGAUCCUGCAGAAUAAUACAAGAAUCCAAGAACUCCACAACCAAACAACAGCGAAGUGCUCCCAGAUUACCGUCUACCAUUCGACUACUGGGCUGUCGAUCUUCGCAGAAAGGUUUCGAGGGAGUUAGCUCCUAAUUCCACUGAGGACGUGGUCUGCACACAUUGCUGGGAAAUAUUCGAGGGUUAGACUCCCUUGAGCCGCCUUGUGCAGCUCUUGCAGAGGCAGACUCUAUAUUGGCAAAGCCAUAUUGACGAUAAUUUCCUUUACUUUCCCUUGUUAUAUUUGCGUAUCACACGCAUUGUAGAUAGAACUUUGCAUACAUUACGUGACUUCGAAAUUGUAAACGCGGUCUGGAUACCGAUGCAUGGAACUCGGAAGGAAGGACACAAGGCUCGGUAAUCUGCUCUGCUCACUCGGUGUCGGAAUCGGACGAUUCUUUCAAAUCUUUCAACUCUACAGAACAACGAGUGUGCAGUGUUCUUGCUACGACAGUUGUUAUUCUGCACCUCUACGGAUUAUGGAGUUCCGUUGAUACGGUGUGGGUUAGGAACACCAUUACCAGACUCGACUCAAUUCUGCACUUAGCUAUCCACCACCACCACUACCACCACCACAACAAAUAGGCAAGUCAUACAAUCAGAUACCUAGAUUCUCAUCAUUAUUUUCAUUUAAAAUCAUCUCAUUAUUCAAUUCAACUCAACUUUUCUCUCUGAAAGUCUUUUUGUGUCGCAUUCCUAAAGAAGCGCGCCACUUUAGCAAAAUCAUCGACAUUCCCUCAAUUAUGCCUUCAACUCCACAACCAAAAGAACACCCGCCUGCUCGAGAUGCGAUCGCGCUCGAGAUGAAAGACAGCUGGAGCCCCGGUGACGAUCGCAGAGAUAGAGGUAGAGUCGACCGAGGAGUUAUUGAAAGAAGGUCGAGAAGAUCAAGGUCUCCCACGUCACGUCGACCGGACGCCGACAGGACACCCAAUACCAGAGAUCGCAGUACUGAUAGAUCCAGGCCAACACAAGAAACUGAAAAGCCAGAUCGUAGUCCAGAGCGCAGAAGGCCAUCGUCUCCCCGGCCAUCAAAAGAUACACAAGAAGACGUAGUGAAGCGCAAUCAAGGCAGGGAACUACUAUUGGAAUCGCGAGGCACAGAAAUAGUAAAAGGAAAUACAGCCCGUUCCCCUCAACAAUUAAAACGAAGAAAGAGUCGCAGCCCAUCGCCGAGUCGCAACCAACAAAAGAAAAUUCGAAGGAAUUCUCGCAGUCCAGUACGGCACAACGGAGCUACGAAAGGGUCCCGGCGAGAUAGGAAGCGACGAAACCGGUCUACAUCACAACAUCGACAUCGACAAUCAGAACCGAACAGAAAUAAUCAACGCGAGGAAGGAAAUUCAAGAAAUCGUAGAGAUUUUGGAAAAAACGAUAAGCGUGGGCGAUCUCCUGGCCAAAACCGUGAUAAAUUUGAAAAGUCUCGUCCUUCAUCAGCCUUGGACUACGACGAUCCACCAACGAACCGUAAUCCAUCUCCCAACAAAAUUGUCGAGCAAGAACGAAAGGACGGAGGAAAUUCAGCACCAAAUCUAUCUGAAAAUAAGGAAAGGAAGCGAGAUCCUUCCCCAUACUCGAGCCGUCGAUCGCCAGAGGCAGAUACAUACGAACAUAAAAAUCGCGGUCGUCGACAAUCUCCUCGUGCACCGAAAGGGCCAAAGGGAAAUCGGAGACGGUCCCCAAAGCGAGAAAAGGGCCGGCCCUCACGAGACGAAUAUCGCCCUAAUAAUAAAUCUCGAGGUCGACCUACAUCGGCAGCUUCAGGAGCGAAUAGCAUUGAGGUCAAAUCGGAUAAGAUGGCUAACAGAGGAUUCUAUGGUAAUCAGCAAGGGUACAAUCCAAACCAACAAAUGCAGGCUGCAUUUCCUUUGAAACCACAAUUCAACCAAGUUCCUCAAGGGCCUCAAGCAGACCCACGACAAUUUUCACAAUCUCCACAACAUCAAAUGACCCCAAAUUCAUAUCAUGGUUCACCUCAGGCACAAUCACCUUAUUCUUCUGGGCGGGGAAAUUGGAAUGGCUCACAGCAACAACAGUUUUCGCCCUCUGUCACUUGCAGGCAAUUUCAACAGAAUUACCAGCAACAACCGGGAUAUGCUACUCCUACUGGCCCACAAAACCAAAUGUAUGGCAACCAAGCCCAAUCUCCUUCUCAUCAAGGUCCUCCUACGGGGCCAAUGAACAAUAACUUUAGAGGCAACCAACGGAAUUUUAGAGCGAACAAUUUCAACCCCCGAGGUAGUCGUGGAAACCAGUUCAAUUCUCAAUGGAAUCCUCCUUCUGGUCCCUCCGGCGCCAAUCGCGCCCAGUUCACCAAUUCUGGUAAUGUUACACCUCAGCAAAUGUCACCGCAACAACAGUUCCCACAGCAGAAUUCGUUUGAUUCGGGUGCAAUACCUAUGCAGAAUCAGGUGGACGAAAGCGAAGACUUAUUUAGACCCUCAAAAGACCUUCAGGCUGAGGAUACUAGCAAAAAGAAUGAUGAACAAAUGCCCCCUCCUAGUCGACCACCACCAACAGGGCCUCAAAGUCAACAGAACUCCUCAAAGUUUAGUUUUGCUUUCAAAGGUCCAGCUAAAGCGGCAACUACUCCGAAGCCAGAAAUCUCUCAAAAGCUAAACGCUGUACCAACCAAGCGAGAGAUGCAAAAUAGCCCUCGUGGCCCUGCCGCGACACGGAACAUUCCUACAGAGCCAGCAUCUGCAAGAGCACAACACGCAUUCCGCGAACCACCGCCUCCUGUUACGCGUAAGGUCAAGAAGAUUAUGCAACGUUUGAAGCCAAAGCCACAGUUAUUACCCGAAUAUAAGGCAUCGGAUUCCGUGUACUAUCGAAAACCUGGUAAUGAAUCUGUGGUAGGAUCUGGAACUUAUGGUAAAGUGUUCAAAGCUAUCCAUGUCUACACCAAGAAGUUGGUCGCUCUGAAGAAGAUACGCAUGGAAGGAGAACGCGACGGGUUUCCUGUGACUGCUGUUCGAGAAAUAAAAUUGCUACAAUCCUUGAACCACCCAAACAUCGUCACCCUACAAGAGGUAAUGGUGGAGAAGAACGAUUGCUUUAUGGUUUUCGAGUAUCUAUCACACGAUCUUACGGGCUUGCUCAACCACCCAUCCUUUAAGUUAGACGCAGCUCACAAAAAGCACCUUGCUAAGCAGCUUUUCGAGGGUCUUGAUUACCUCCAUCGACGAGGUGUUUUACACCGGGAUAUAAAAGCAGCAAAUAUCCUUGUUAGUGAUGAAGGUCAACUGAAAUUAGCAGACUUUGGACUGGCUCGAUUUUACGCAAAGCGAAGACAGCUGGACUAUACCAAUCGUGUUAUCACCAUCUGGUAUCGUUCACCAGAACUUCUCCUUGGAGAGACACAAUAUGGUCCUGCAGUGGAUAUUUGGAGCGCAGCCUGUGUCUUGGUUGAGAUUUUCACUCGCCACGCAAUUUUUCCUGGAGACGGUGGUGAAAUUAGUCAACUGGAGAAAAUUUAUGCUGUGCUCGGAACGCCGAAUCGAAAUGAUUGGCCUGGCUUAGUAGACAUGGCAUGGUUCGAACUUCUUAGACCUUCUGCUAAACGAUCCAAUGUCUUUGCAGAAAAAUACAAGGAACGCGUUACACCAGCCGCGUUUGAACUCCUAGAUGCCAUGUUUCAAUAUGACCCUGCUAAGCGACCCUCUGCUUCUGAUGUUCUUGAGCAUCCAUAUUUCACGACGGAAGAGCCAACUGCAAGGCAGGCUAUCGAACUCAAAGAACUCAAAGGCGAUUGGCAUGAAUUCGAAUCUAAGGCGUUACGUAAAGAAAAUGAACGCAAGGAUAAAGAGGCACGAAGGGCGGCCCAAAAGGAAAAGGAGAAGAAAAGAACUGCAGAAAGUGAAGCCUGUUCUGAAAGAGACCCAAAGCGAGUAAUGAUGGCACCCCCGGAUAUACCACCGCCAUCUGCCAUACCUAAAACCCAGGAAGUUGCCGCUUCGAGCAACUAGACCGCUUCCACUAUGCCUCCCACAUAGUAGGGAUGAGAAAGUUCACAAAAAGUCGCUUGCAGGAUUGUACAUUUGGAAGGAGCGCUUUUGGCAUUCAGGAACCAGGUGGGAUAAAGCUUUUGUAAGAUUAUUUAUAUUCAUAACGUAAUGGGACGCGAAAUGCUCUUCAUGGGAUGGGUUUCUGAUGAGAAACUAGGGGAGGAAGGUGGAGUAGGAGCGGGCGUUCGGUGAUGAGGAACGGGUAGGAGAAUUCCAUAAUUAUCUUCAUAACAUUGCGCUAUGCAUUAGGAAAGCGAAUUGAAUGUCUCUUUCCAGUUUUGUUACUUUCUUUAGGAAGGGGAAGAGUUGUGGAUGAAGAUGGAGAUUUCUUGUAGUAUAGGUGCGAAUGCGGCUAUAUUCAGAUAUUCUGUCUUGCAGUGCUUCAUGUUUGAUGUGAGUGACAUGUGAGAUGACAUGAUGUCACUUUAAACCCUUCAUCUAUUUUAUCACAAACAAUCAUAUCAGGUUAAAUUUGGUUUGAGUAAAUCAGUACACUUAGCACUUGACGGAUUUAAAUACAUAA